UCUUGUCGAGUCAAUGAGAGACCUCCACAAGUCUAGCGUGCUGGGAAGCAAGCACAGCAGCCUGAUGUCAUGGCGCCCGCAGUACCGCAGCUCCAAGUUUCGGAACGUCUACGGGAAGGUGGCGAGCCGGGAGCACUGCUUCGACGGCAUCCCCAUCACCAAGAACGUCCACGACAACCACUUCUGCGCCGUCAACGCCCGCUUCCUCGCCAUCGUGACGGAGAGCGCCGGCGGGGGCUCCUUCCUCGUCAUCCCCCUCGAGCAGACAGGCCGGAUCGAACCAAACUACCCCAAAGUUUGCGGUCACCAGGGCAACGUGCUGGACAUCAAGUGGAAUCCCUUCAUUGAGAACAUCAUCGCGUCAUGCUCCGAAGACACCUCGGUGCGGAUCUGGGAGAUCCCGGAGGGCGGCCUGAAGAGGAACAUGACAGAGGCCGUCCUGGAGCUGUACGGGCACAGCCGGCGCGUCGGCCUCGUCGAGUGGCACCCCACCACCAACAACAUCCUCUUCAGCGCCGGCUACGACUAUAAGGUCCUCAUCUGGAACCUGGACAUCGGGGAGCCGGUGAAGAUGAUCGAUUGCCACACGGACGUCAUCCUCUGCAUGUCCUUCAACACCGAUGGCAGCCUCCUGGCCACCACCUGCAAGGACAAGAAGCUGCGGGUCGUGGAGCCGCGCUCCGGCAGGGUCCUGCAGGAGGCCAGCUGCAAGAACCACCGCGUCAACCGGGUGGUCUUCCUGGGCAGCACAAAGCGGCUGCUGACGACGGGGGUGUCGCGCUGGAACACGCGUCAGAUCGCUCUCUGGGACCAGGAAGACCUGUCCAUGCCCCUGAUAGAGGAGGAGAUUGACGGGCUCUCGGGUCUCCUCUUCCCUUUCUACGACGCCGACACUCACAUGCUGUACUUGGCUGGCAAGGGCGACGGCAACAUUCGGUACUACGAGAUCGGCUCGGAAAAGCCCUACCUGAGUUAUCUCAUGGAAUUUCGCUCCCCGGCCCCACAGAAAGGACUGGGGGUGAUGCCAAAGCACGGGCUGGACGUGUCGGCCUGCGAGGUCUUUCGUUUCUACAAGCUCGUCACCCUCAAGGGCCUGAUCGAACCCAUCUCGAUGAUCGUCCCGAGGAGGUCAGAAACGUACCAAGAGGACAUUUACCCGAUGACUCCGGGUACGGAGCCAGCCCUCACGCCGGAUGAAUGGCUGAGCGGGGUGAACCGAGAUCCCAUCCUGAUGUCGCUGAAGGAGGGCUACAAGAAGACAUCCAAAAUCGUCUUUAAGGCACCGGUGAGGGAGAAGAAGAGUGUUGUGGUUAACGGCAUAGACCUGCUGGAGAACGUGCCGCCCCGGACGGAGAACGAGCUCCUUCGGAUGUUCUUCCGACAGCAAGACGAGAUCCGGCGGCUGAAAGACGAGCUCUCGCAGAAAGACAUACGGAUCCGACAGCUACAGCUGGAGUUAAAAAACUUACGUAACAGCCCGAAGAAUAACUAAUUUCCAGGGACGUUUUAUAAAUAAACUUUCUUUGUUUAUACUCGCUCUUUAAUUUUAUUGUAUCCACUUACACAGAAUAUGAGCCAGAAGUCAAGUGACCUGCCAAGAGCCCACUCGCUAACUGGAAAUACGUCCUCCUAGUCUUGUCUAGCACUAAAACCGCUGUAACCGAAAGCUACUGCAUGAGAGGCGGCUGGGGCGUCCGCGUGCCCCAGCGAUGGUCUUGGAGUAAGUAGACGAGCCGUGUCCCCUCCGUCGGGAUUCACCGGCACGGGGGAGCCGAGGCGGCGGCGACUCCCCGGGAAAGCGCCAUGCUUCGUUGCUAUUAAUUUUUUUUCCUAUGCAAAAAAUGUGACGGUUGGGUGCGGAACUGGAACGGGGUGCGGGAAGGGGCUUAAUUCACAAAAGCACGCUGCCGCGGAAGCGGCCCGGGACCAUUCCCAGGGCGGCGGUGCUGCCGGGGCGGUGGCUGUGGCACGGCCAGGCUUUGGCAGGAGCAGCCUGUGAGUGUCCCCGGGCUACAGC